AUGAAAAUAGUUAAGUUAGAUGAAAUAGAUAAAGUUGACAUUCAGUCAUACUUCGAGGAUGUCGUUGUAAUUCCAACCGAAACAGUGUACGGUCUGGCUGCUAGAAUAGAUAACGAAAAGGCUCUUAACAAUAUAUUCAAAAUCAAAGGAAGACCAUCUGACAAUCCACUGAUUGUUCAUAUUUCAGAUCGGGAUAUGCUAGAUAAUUUGGUAGAUGGAGAUGUUCCUGCGGAGUAUUCAAUCCUCAUGGAUAGAUUCUGGCCAGGCCCACUCACUCUUCUUUUCAAGUGCAAAGAUUCAGUUUCAAGAACACUCACAGGAAAGGAUAUAAGCACAAUUGCAGUGCGAAUGCCAAAAGGUGAAAAGAUCAGAGAUUUAAUCAAGAGAAUAGGAGUUCCGCUUGCAGCACCGUCUGCAAACACAAGUGGAAAGCCAUCACCCACAAGAGUAGCGCAUGUGAUGGAUGAUUUAGGUGAAAGGGUUUCAUUGUACAUCGAUGGUGGGCCGUGUGAAAUUGGUAUAGAAUCAACUGUUUUUGGCAUUAUUGAUAACAGCUAUAUGAUUUUAAGACCGGGUGGUGUAACAAAAGAAAGUAUUGAGAAGGCAAUUAAUAAGAAGGUAUUGGUCAAAAACAAAGUGGAAAAUAGUGACAUAUUGAUAUGUCCUGGCCAGAAAUACAAACACUAUUCUCCCGAACAUCCUGUCUAUUUAUUUACUGGUUCGACUUGGCGCCAAAAUAUAUCAAAGUAUAGUCAAGUAUUUGAGAAUAUGAAAAUUGGAAUACUCAAGAGAAGGGGAUUGGAAUAUCCAAUCGAGUUUUACAAAGAAUACGAUCUAGGCGAAUGCCUACAAGAUUGCACACGAAACAUCUUUGCAGGUCUUAGAGUUUUAGAUAGAUCCUGCGACGUAAUAUUUGUUGUAGGAUUUGAACUUGAGAAGGAGGGACUGGCCAUUAUGGAUAGACUGGAAAAGGCGGCGAGCCACAUUAUCGACUAA